UUUUCCUUAUUCAGUCCUGAAGAAGUGGAUUUAUUAGACAGAGCAUCGUAUUGCUUUUUAGAGACUGUUUGUUGCUUUGUUUUUGAUUUUCCUUUUCCGACUACCAAAUAAUCCCUUCAGUGAAUCUUUGUUGGAGAUGUACAGCUGGGUUGGGCUCUGCCUCAGCUUCUAGCGUCAACCUUUUUCCUGUGGGUGGGUGUCUUUUUAAACAUGUUUGCAGAGGAGAAGAGAGUACAAGCUUGGCUGCCCAGGCUGUUCUUGCCCAUACAGGUGUGCAUAACUCACAGGAAUGCCAGACAAACCUGAGUCACAGAUAGCCUCCCCCCUCCAUCUGCGUGCACACACACACCUGAGCUCAAAUAAAACUGUCUCUUCCGACUUCGCUUGCUUGUGAGAAGUUCCCACAGCUGUAAUGCAACCUCUCCAUAUGCCCCAGUGAAGGAAAGCAGGCAGUCCGAAACAGCAGUCCAAAAGAGGGGGAGAAAAAAAAGGUGAAAGUCAACAGUUGAUCUGAAGGAACCAGGAUCCAUGCAGAGGAACAGAAUGGACAAGCUGCUCCAAAGGUCAUUGCCUGGGCUACUUCUGUUGUCCCUGCUAUAUAGCAUGUGCUUGAGCCAAGGAAACAGAGCUAAUCCCUGCGUGACUUCCAGAGCAAAAAGCUGCACUGAAUGUAUCCGAGUGAACAAGGACUGCUCUUUUUGCACCGAUGAGAACUUCAAACAGUCCCGCUGUGAUUUUAGAGAGAACUUAGUAAGAUAUGGCUGCAGCAAGCACAACAUAGUGUUCAUGCAAAAAGAAACACUGACACUAAAGGAAUUUAGAAUUGAUACCUCUCUGAAGAGAACACAGGUAACACCACAACAGAUGUCUGUGAAGUUGCGUGCUGGCGAGGAAGCUAAUUUUCAGAUGGAUGUGUUUGAGCCACUUGAAUCUCCUCUGGACCUCUACAUUCUCAUGGAUUUCUCCUAUUCUAUGUCUGAUGAUUUGGACAACCUUAAAAAAAUGGGCCAGCAACUUGCAAAAUUCUUGAGGGAGUUGACUGACAACUACACUAUUGGCUUUGGCAAGUUUGUAGACAAGGUUUCAGCUCCACAGACAGACAUGAGGCCUGAGAGGCUGCGCGAACCCUGGAGCAAUGCUGACCCUCCCUUCUCCUUCAAGAAUGUCAUCCGUCUCACCCACAAUAUUGAUGACUUCAGCAAAGAGUUAAUGACAGAACGGAUAUCUGGCAACUUGGAUGCUCCAGAAGGUGGUUUUGAUGCCAUACUGCAAGCUGCUGUUUGCAAGGAUAUUGGCUGGCGGGAAGACAGCACACAUCUUCUGGUGUUCUCUACGGAGUCUGCCUUCCAUUAUGAAGCUGAUGGUGCCAAUGUCCUUGCCGGAAUUCUGAGGAGAAAUGAUGAACAGUGCCAUCUGAACGUAGCAGGCACUUACACCUUUGACACCAAGCAGGAUUACCCCUCUGUGCCUACCCUAGUGCGACUCCUGGGACAGCGCAACAUCAUCCCCAUAUUUGCCGUCACCAACCAUUCUUAUGACUACUAUGAGAAACUGCACAAAUAUUUUCCAAUCUCUGAAAUUGGCAGGCUGCAAGAAGAUUCCUCCAAUAUUGUUGAGUUGAUCCGUACAGCUUUUGAGCGUAUCCGUUCCAAGAUGGAUAUUCGUGCUGACUACACCCCAAAAGCUUUGAAAACAGAAAUAACUUCCAUGAAAUAUGAAAAGACUGAAACUGGCUCGUUCCAAGUUGUCCGAGGGGAAGUGGGCACAUUUGAUGUGCGUGUGAAAGCUCAUGAGCAUGUGGGUGACAUACCAGUCUGUGAUCUUCCAGAGAAAGACCGGAAGGGUUUUAUUCACUUGAAACCCUCUUCUUUCAGCAACAAAUUAGAGAUUGAUGCCUCAGUCAUCUGUGAUGCCUGUCCCUGUGAACAGCAAACGGAACUCACAUCAGCUAGGUGUGAUUUCCAUGGAGACUUUGUCUGUGGCCAAUGUGUCUGCCACUUAGGCUGGCAGGGAGACAUGUGUAACUGCUCCACAUCUUCCUCGACUGACAAUGCAGCUUGCAUACGACCUGGUGAAGAAGAGCCUUGCUCUGGGCGAGGCCUGUGCCUAUGUGGGAAAUGUCAGUGCUACUCUGAGCAUCUGACCCAGCAGUUUGAGGGUACAUACUGUGAAUACGACAACUUACAAUGUCCCCGUACCUCUGGAUUCCUCUGCAAUGACCGGGGUCGCUGUUACUUGGGCCAAUGUAUGUGUGAAAGCGGUUGGCAAGGUCCAGGUUGUGAGUGCCCCACAAGCAAUGAGACUUGCCUCUCCAACAAUGGGAUGAUUUGUAACGGACGUGGGAAUUGUCAGUGUGGCAGAUGCAUCUGUGAGAACCCCAACCUUUAUGUUGGACCCACCUGUGAAGUCAGCUACUCCUUGGGCUUUCAGCUUGCAUGUGAAAAUAUCCGCAGCUGUGUUCAAUGCAAGGCUUGGAGGACUGGCGAGAAGAAAGGGAAGAAUUGUACAGGCUGUCCUUUUGAUAUUAAAAAGGUGGAUGAACUGCAAAAAGAUGGAGACAUAAACACAAUUUGUUCCUUCCAAGAUGAGGAAGAUGACUGCAUUUACCAUUUCACUGAAGAGAAUCCCAGCACAGGAGGCAACAGAACUGUGCUUGUGCAAAACAAGAAAGAGUGCCCAGCAAGAAGCUUCCUUUGGCUUAUCCCCUUGCUAAUACUACUGAUGCUGCUUCUUGGGUUGCUGCUUCUAUUGUGCUGGAAGUUCUGCGCUUGUUGCAGGGCUUGUUUGGCCCUACUGCCCUGCUGUGCACGAGGUCGCACUGUUGGUUUCAAGGAGGACCACUAUCUGCUUAGGCAGAGUCUGAUGUCCUCAGACCAUCUGGACACUCCUAUGGUGUGCACUGGCAACUUGAAAGGCGGAGACGCAGUCCACUGGAAGAUUAACAACAAUGUGCACAAGCAAGGCUUCUCUUCCCUCGCUCUCAACCCCAAGGAUAUGAUCACGUAUGGGUUGUCUCUCAGAUUGGCCCGGCUCUUCACCCAAAAUCUUGCAAAACCAGAUAGCCGUGAACACCAGCAACUACAAAAAGAAGUGGAAGAGAACCUGAAUGAGAUUUACAGAACUAUCCCGGGUGCCCACAAAUUUAAGCAGACAAGAUUCAGGUUACAGCCAAAUUCUGGGAAAAGACAAGACCAUACAAUUGUGGAUACUGUGCUCACUGCCCCCCGCUCAUCCAAGAAUGACAUUGUGAAAGUAACAGAGAAGCAUGUCUCGCAAGAGGCUUUCAAUGAUCUGAAAGUGGCACCUGGUUACUACACUGUAAUCUCAGACCAAGAUGCCCAUGGCAUGGUAGAGUUUCAAGAAGGAGUAGACCUGGUGGAUGUCCGUGUUCCCCUCUUCAUCAGGGAUGAUGAUGACGACGAAAAACAGCUGCAGGUGGAGGCUACUGAUGUUCCUGUGGGUACUGCACGGAUUGGUCGCCGCCUUGUCAACAUCACUAUAAUUAAAGAACAAGCCAAAAGCAUCAUUAGCUUCCUAGAGCCAGCUUAUUCUUACAGCCGCUUUGACAAGCUGGCAAAAAUCCCUGUUGGCCGUGAAAUACUGGAGAACGGGAAGUCGCAGAUAACGUUGCGGACACGGGAUCACACCGCCCAGGAAGGCAAAGAUUAUAUUUUUACAGAGAGUGAUUUGAUCUUCCUGCCUGGAGAGAAGCGGAAGGAGAUUCAAGUACCAUUGCUGGAGCUGACUGAGAUAGAUGCCUUUCUUAACAACCGGCAGCAGAAGCAGUUCAUUGUGGAUCUCAUUGAUCCAAAGUUUGGGGCAAAAACUGGCAAAUACUCUCAAACUAUCGUGACAAUUGAUGAUCCAGAAGCUGUGGAUGGUAUAGCAUCAAUGACAGGCCUAGGUCAACUUCCAGUGUCUCCUAGAAGCAGGCUUGGAGCACCCCUUAAUCCAAAUGCACAGGCUCUGAAUUCAAGGAAGAUCCGUUUCAACUGGCUACCCCCUCCUGGCAAAGUUGCAGGAUACAAGGUGAAAUACUGGAUCCAAGGGGACCCUGAAUCGGAGGCUCACCUGCUUGAUUCCAAAGUUCCUUCAGCAGAGCUCACCAACUUGUACCCCUAUUGUGAUUAUGAGAUGCAGUCCUGUGCCUACACUGCUAUGGAUGAGGGGCCUUACUCUGAAGUGGUUCAUUGCCGCACACUUGAGGAAGUUCCCAGUGAGCCUGGACGUUUGGCUUUCAAUGUGGUCUCCUCCACUGUGACACAGCUGAGCUGGGCAGAGCCUGCUGAGACUAAUGGACUAAUCACAGCCUAUGAAGUCACCUACGGACUUGUCAAUGAGGAAAACCGACAAGUGCACAGGCUUACUAUUCCUAACCCUACCCAGAACUCAGUGGUAGUAGAUGACCUGCUGCCAAACCAUUCCUAUGUCUUCAAAGUGAAGGCCCAAAGUGACGAAGGCUGGGGUCCAGAGAGAGAAGGAGUGAUUACUAUUGAAUCCCAAGUGGAUCCACACAGCCCUCUGAGUCCUGUUCCAGGUUCUCCAUUUACCUUAAGCACACCUAGUGCACCAGGGCCUCUGGUGUUCACAGCGCUGAGUCCAGAUUCUCUUCAACUGAGUUGGGAAAGACCCCGCCAACCCAAUGGGUCAAUUCUGGGCUACAUGGUCACCUGUGAGACACUACAUAGUGGAGGAGAACCCAGGAAUAUUUAUGUGGAGGGAGACAACCCAGAGACUACCUUGACGGUGCCUUACUUGAAUGAAAAUGUUCCAUAUAAGUUCAAAGUGCAAGCCAAAACCACACAAGGCUUUGGCCCUGAAAGAGAAGGCAUCAUCACCAUUGAAUCUCAAGAUGGAGGUGCUUUUUCUCAGUUUGGAACACAGCAGUUUACCAAGGAGGAAGUGUACAGUCUCCCCACAGAAUAUAGCACCAAAACCAGCGUCACUCACUCUGCCCUGGAUCCUUUAUAUGCAGAUGGCAUGCUGUUGACCACUCAGCGCAUGGAGAGUGGCAGCACCCUCACCCAACAAGUCACUCAAGAGUUUGUCAGCAGAACCAUGAUGUCUAACAGCAGUGGGACAUUCACCAGGCAGACAGACAGGCAGUUCUAUGAAGCCUGAGUCCAGAAGGGCGCCUGGAUUUCAACAGGGGAUGAUCUGAAAUGGACCCAUUCUGUGAUCAACUUCCAGACAAACUCAUGGCACCUGCUUUAUUGCACCAGUGUUGAAAGCAUUAGAUGUUGCUUUGAAACUCUACUGGGAAGAGGAUACAUGCAGACCAGGUGGAACCCUAAGACAUUAUGACAAGAGCUUUUUUUUAACAGUAACUUGGUUACGAAGGGCUAUUGCAAAGUUUUGAUUCAAGAUAUUGACUGUAUUGGCUGUUCAGAUGUCGUCACUGGAAGUUUGACCACACAGACCACAUAGGACUGAAUUGGUGUUUAAAUCAUCCCUUGAUGCCAUUCUAUAACAUUUUCCCCAUUUGUUCUAUUGUUAUUUCUUUCAUAAGUCCGCAGUCCUUUACCAACACUAUUAAUUCCACCAGCAAAAGCCUUUUGUCACACAAUACAUUAUUGCAAGUAAACCUGUUGGAACACCAGGGAUUUCUACUACAUUUCUGUCCAAAAUUCCGUGCUAAUAGAGUAUGGUACUGCAUUAGACGAUUAGUAUGGUGCAUAGCACCAUCUACAAUGCCUUAUCGAAAAAAAUGUUGCUUAAAGUACUGUACAGUUUAUUUGACAUACAUAUUAUGUAUUUUUUUUACAAAGGGUAUUUUAUUUCACCUAGCAACAUGGGACCAAAAUUCAGGCACUGAGCCUCAAAAUCUACCAAAGCAAACAUGGCAUUAUAAUCAAUGCCUUUAUCCCAAAUAGAGAAAGUGUUUCAUUUUGAGUGACCACAAUCAACAAAAUUUGCUGAACUCUACCUACAGCCCUCCCUUCCCUCUCACACCCUGGCAGUGGUGGCCAAGCAGCAAAGCAGGCUGGUGACAACAUUGACUAUGUCAGAGUCAUAGUCUUUGGCCUAGGCAUAUUGAGGUUCAGGCAUUUUUGCUUCCUUUUAUGUUUCCUCACAAGUGGCAGCAGUUUAAUUGUACAUGCACAUUGUAUAAUACAAGUGUUGGAUACUUUUGUGCAUUCACAAUGUACUAGGUCACACAGCUUCAUAGAUAGUGUAGUCAGUGACAGCAUCUAUAAGACUGUGCAGCUGUGAGGUGAAUCAGGCAUGAACAGGAGUACCUGCAGCUUACAUACUACACAGGCUUUGUCAAGGGCUGCUCCAAGAUGUGGGGCAAGAAUUUGUGGACAUCUGAUGUCCCUUAUCUAGAUGUGUGGAUGUUUGCAUUUAAUUCUGAGUUUUGCUAAUCCAUAACGAUAAUCAAACUCUCCCUGCAAACAUGAAAGUAGCAUAACAGAAAAGUUCUGCUCUAACCCAUCCUCUUUGAUGUUAGCGUUCAAUAGGCAAGAUCGUAAUGUACUGAAAUAUUCAAAACUAUGACCCCAAUCUAGUUUGAAUCCAUUAUAGCAUUAUUUUUUUCUCAUUCUCUGGUUCAAAAGCAAUGGUUUGCUCCAAAUUGUCUAAGAUAAUAGGGUGGAGGAGUAGCUAUAAAAGGACCAGAAUGGUCUAUCCAGAGAAAAUAAAGACAGAAACAACGCAGGAAAUACAUACUUGGACAUCUGUCUAGAGAUAAGCAACCUGUCCAUACAUUUCUUUUCUACAAUUGGUUUUUUACUUAUUUGUUUUGUUUAUUUAUUGGUAUUUAUGCACCUUUAACGUUGCAAUCUCUGAAAGAGCCAUUUUCCAUUUUGCUAAAAAAACACAUUCAAAAGAGCGGCCUGAAGUGACUCCUGUGAUGGCACUGGGUACGUUAUAGUGACUCUAAAGCCAUAAUUUCCUGUUUUGCAAGACUGUUCCCGUAAUGCUGUGGUUUUCCAAGCCAGACUUCUCAGUUAGAAGAUUGGCAACUUGUAAAAGACAGCUCAUCCAUUAUUAGUGUUCUGCACAGUGUAUGACAGUGAGACCCAGGAUAUGUGGCCAGUGGCCAUUAGAAUGUAUGAGUGUACAUUCUAAUGCAACAUGCUGUAGUAUCCUCUGCAAAACAUUGUGGCUCCAGGGCAAAAAAGUUCCCCUGCAGAAAAAUAUAUGCGGCAAGAGUCUCUGAUGGUAGAAACGUCGUCAUCAUGUUAACACAGUGGAAAAACUGGGGUCCCGUGUAACGUUUGCCUUUUGCUUUUCUUUUAAUUGACUUUUUGUUCGUAUUCUGAAUAAAUGCAGAACCAACUGUU